AUCUGAAGUUUGCUGCAAACUCCGGUGACUUUUUGACUUUCUCCAAUUUCAUACGAAACCGGUUGUCAGCGACUAACUAUUGCCGGUCACUAAAACACAUACGCCAACAACAACAGCAAUGUAGUUGCGCCACAAUACUCACAAUUAAUACAUUCAGGCACUCACACGCAUCAGUUGGGACGUUCUUUUGUACACGUUCGACACGAUAACUCAACGAACUGCUGAAAGAGUCGAAAACAAAUACUCCGGCAUUGAUUCUGACAAGCUAGUUGUAUUGACACCGCUUGUGCAAGAACACACAAAUUUCGUAGGAAGUAUCAGUGAAAUUAGUGGCACAGUUGUAGAGUUUAAUUGAAGUUAGUGCGUAGAAAAGCAUACAUUUAGGGAGCACAAAAUAGAAAGUGUUUUAAAAAAUAAAAAAAAUUAAAAAAAAAAUGGUUGCACCAAGAACUUUCUCAAGCCAGCAGUGUAAAGCACAAAUCCGCGCUAGCAUGCUCAGCUUCGCGCUGCUGCUAGCAGAGGUCACACUGUUGCAUGCGGAUAAAACCAGCUGUCAAUAUGACGUCUUCAAGCCACAAGUAGCGACCUGCACCGAUGACAUAGCACCAAGCAUAACAAUUAGCACUGUGCGCGCAGAGCAAAAGGAGCUGAAUGUGACACCCGUUCAUAGCGUGAAUAUUGCCUUUAAGACGGCCACCUUCGGCAUGGGCUGCUUCUGGGGCGCUGAAUCGUUAUUUGGCGGCACCCAAGGCAUUUUGCGCACAACUGUCGGCUAUGAGGGCGGCAGCAAGGACUCACCAACUGGUGACCACACUGAAGUACUGGAGAUUGACUACGAUCCCAAAACCAUCUCGUUCAAACAACUAUUGAAUCUCUUCUGGAACAAUCAUGAAUACGGUCUUACCAAUCCCAUCAAGCGUCAGUAUAUGUCAUUGAUCUUAUAUCACGAUGAUGAGCAGAAGAAAAUCGCUGAGGAAUCUAUUGUAGAGGAGCAAAAGAAACGUGUGCCUGAAAAAAUUAUUACCGAAAUUUUACCCAAAGGAAAAUUCUAUCCUGCUGAAGACUACCACCAGAAAUACCGUCUGCAGGGUCACAAAGAUCUCGCCGAAACCCUGAAUCUCGAUGCGAAACUGUUGCGUACCUCCUACGUGGCCACCAAAUUGAACGGUUAUCUCGCGGGCGUGGGUGGCGUUAAGCAAUUCAAGGAAGAGAUCGAUACGCUAGGCUUGACACCCUCACAAAAGGAGUACUGCCUGUAUCAGGUGGAGCAGAAUGAGGGUAUGGGCCUUUACUGUUGACCGGCUGGCGGCUUGUUGUGCCACUAUCGGCGCCGUUGUGGCCCAUUGCUUGAUAUGAAAAAGCAGAAAUAUACCUCUGCGUAAAUUUACUCUUACAUAUUUAUUUUGUUAAUGCAAAGUUUAAGGCUGAAGCGUCAUCUCAGUGAAAUAUGUCACUUUGGCUUUUCGCUUAAGCGGUAGUUAGCGGUGUAUGCUUGCAUUGCACCAGUGGCGUACCAGCUUUUGGUUGCCAUAUGUAUUAUUAUUAUUAUGACACUAUUAUGCAGGUAGUAUGAAUUUAGAAUUUUUCUAGAAUAUAAUUUUUAAAUUUUAAGUGAGUGUGAUAGAACUAUUCCAGAGUAGAAUAGUAUGUGCUACUACAAACAAGAAGAAGUGAAAACUUUGUAUUGGAAUUAUACAAAUAAAAUUAUUUUUUAUAAAAAAA